AUGUCCAAUUCGCCGUUGAUGAACCCUCUGCAGCAACCGCCGGCAAUGGUGACAGGCCAGCAAGCUUACGUGGAUCUCCCGGCUCAUGGGUCGGUCGGCGCCGUGAUCGGAGUUGUGGCGGUGAUAGUUAUUCUGGGCGCCGUAGCUGUGAUAAUCGGCCGGCUGUGCUCCGGCGGGAGCAUUAUGGGUCGCGGGCACUACGCCUUUGAGAGGUGGUUUGAGACGAAAUGUGGGUCGUGCGUUAAUGGGCUGAUCGAGGUGCCGGAGCGACCGGUGGAUGCCGAGGCGGCGGCGGAGAACGGUGGCUCCGGCGACCCUUCGCCGGCGCCGGAGCAAGAAGCGGCGCCCCAGGAGACGAAGGAAGAAGAAGAAGACGUUGGUAAUCCACACGGAAAAGCUGAGUCUUGA